GUGAAAAGCAAUCUCAUGACACACAUCUUUCUAAUGGCGUAGGAGAACUAGAAUACAAGGCUGGAGCGCACCUGUCUAGGACCCAAAAGGAAAUGUAAAGAGCCAUCAACAGUAACUUCAUCAUAUCACUGAGAAGAACUGUAACAAGCCACUGAAGAGACUGGGAAAGCAUUCCUAAAGAUCAUUAAACACAGGACUGCAGUAUGAAAAUCACAUGCAUCAUGAUCUUGUCUUGGCCCUUCUCCAUGCUACUAUUAGCUGACAAAAGCCAGACUUCUAAAACACCUCCAAUUGUUGAGAUCACACAGGCAUGGGCCAGCAUGACCAGCUAAGAAGUCAAAUAUAAUUUCACUGAAAAGAAUUAUUCUUUGAUUCCAGUGGGUAUCAAUAACAACGUUACAAUCCUUGACCUCAGUUAUAACCAAAUCACUUUGAAUAUUUCGGAUACAAAGGUGCUUCAGAUGUAUUCUUUACUUACUGAGCUCUAUCUGAAUGAAAAUAAGGUCACUGUCUUACAUAAUAAUAGUUUCUGUAAUCUCUCCAACCUAGAAAUCUUAAAUUUCUGUAGAAAUCACAUCAGUAUAAUUCAACAGGGUGCAUUUGUAGGCUUAAGCAAAUUAAAGCAAUUAUUUCUCUGCCAAAACAAAAUAUUCCAACUGAAUCCUGACAUAUUUAUACCUCUAAGCAACUUGAAUGUUCUGAGUCUGCAAGGCAAUUUGAUAAGCUCCUUUGAUGUACCACAACCAUUUUACCUGGAAUCAAUAAUUUUACAUGGAAAUCCAUGGAACUGUACUUGCAGUUUAUUCAAUUUACAGAACUGGCUGAACGCAGCAAAUGUGAUACUAGAAAACGAGAGCAUCACCACAUGUAGUUACCCAGAUGUCCUAAAGAACUACAGCAUUAAAACCGCACCUUUUACUGCUGAUUGUCAUUCAAAACUGAUUUCGCGUCUAAAUGAAGACCUUUACAUCCCUUUUCGGACCAUUAAUACUUCAACUCUCAACAGCUCUUUAAACAACUUAACAAGAAAUUCAGAGCAUGAGCCUCUUGGGAAAAGUUGGGCUUUUCUCGCUGGUGUUAUCAUCACUGUACUGGUGACUUCUCUUCUCAUCUUUCUGGCUAUCAAAGGCCCAGUGUGGUAUAAUUCUCUGCUUAAUUACAACCACCAUCGCCUGGAAGAGCAUGAAACAGAAACCUAUGAAGGUGGUCUUACUAGAAACCCAAGUUCUCUCUCACAGACAGCAGAUACAAUCUCUGAAGAUACCACAGUAAUAUUUGAUCAGUUGCAUUCAUUUGUGGUGGAUGAUGAUGGGUUUAUUGAAGAUAAAUAUAUAGAUACCCAUGAACUAUGUGAAGAAAAGUAAAUUGUCAAUGUGAAAAUUUUAUGACAUAUUAACAUUCCAGUCUUACCUUAGAUGUGAAGAUCUAUAUGUGACUAACAAAAAUUACAGCUAGUAGACCAUCAUAUUAACUAGAACUGUGUGUAAACAUCAUAAAAUGCAGCAACUGACUCUCUGACCAGCUAACAUGGCAUAAUUAAUUUUCAACACCAGCAUUUGUUACCAGCAGUAUUCAGGAAACCACAAAGACUAUUAAGAAAGUCAAAGUAAAUUAGCCAUUAGCUAGGGUGACCUGAUUUCCACAGUGACACAUAUUUGUAAUGUAACAUGUACUAAAGUAUUUAAAUGUUCCAAUCAGACAAGAAACACAAAUUCUGGAUUUAUAGUCAUAAUGAACUUCAACAAUAUAUGCAGAUUGGCUUCAUGCUCACAGAGGAAAAAACAUAAAUUGGGAAAUACUUUUUAAUGCUUCCUGAAUUAGAUACACAAAUUUCUUCAAAGUUUAUUAGCAAAUUGAAGAACAGGCACAAUACUUAGGAAUAAACCCUAAUAUUGGUCACAGCCUAAUUACAAACCAUAAUAAUGCUCACCAUAAUUUACUAUUCUAAUUACAUCUAAGGUAGGCAUUGUAAAUACUCAGGAAUUUUCUUUUAAAUAUUUGUAUUUCUGCAUCGUUGGGAGAUCAUCAUUCAAAUUGCUCUGUGCUGAAACGGAGCAAUCUUUACAUGGUCCAGACAUCUGUUCACAAUACAAUAAAUAGCAAUAUUUCCUAAAUGGUAUCCUGGAACACUCAUGUCUCCAGUGACAUGCAAUAAUAUUCAUUUACAGGAAAAGGGGACCUGCUCAUACACUGAGUUAAAAGAAGCUUAACCAAGGUUUUUUUUUUACUACAGGACUUACCAGCAAGUUUGCUUACUAAGCCAAACUGUUCUCUGACAAUCUAAGAGAAAUUAUUAAGACUUUUUAUAAAGUAGAGUUCCUGACUAGCCUAUGCAAAACCCUGAGUUCAAUCCCCAAAACCACACACACAACUUAUUUAAACUUACUUGGUAAUCAAAUUCUUUCUUGGACGUAAGCACCUAAAGUGAAUUAUUUGCAAAUUCUCUUACAAUAAAUCUGGUGCAAAUAUAAUUUUAACAAUUCAUCAGUGAACAUAGUGAAUUAAAAACUAAAAGAGCUGGGUGUGAUGACGUAAGUCUUUAAUUCUUGCACUCAGGAGGCUGAGGUAGGAGGAUCAUCAUCAUGAGU